CACUGGUCAUCCCCUGUACUGUCUGCAGCCUCUGGUCACCCCUGUACUGUGUCCGCAGUCUCUGGUCAUCCCCUGUACUGUGUCCGCAGUCUCUGGUCAUCUGCUGUACUGUGUCCGCAGUCUCUGGUCAUCCGCUGUACUGUGUCCGCAGUCUCUGGUCAUCCGCUGUACUGUGUCCGCAGUCUCUGGUCAUCCGCUGUACUGUGUCGCAGUCUCUGGUCAUCCCCUGUACUGUGUCCGCAGUCUUUGGUCAUCCCUGUAAAUCUCUUGCACUGGUCAUCCCCUGUACUGUCUGCAGCCUCUGGUCAACCCUGUACUGUGUUCGCAGUCUCUGGUCAUCCCCUGUACUUUGUCCGCAGUCUCUGGUCAUCCCCUGUACUUUGUCCGCAGUCUCUGGUCAUCCCCUGUACUGUGUCCGCAGUCUCUGGUCAUCCCCUGUACUGUGUCCGCAGUCUCUGGUCAUCCCCUGUACUGUGUCCGCAGUCUCUGGUCAUCCGC